AUGGAGCCCGAUGAGGACCGGCACGAGCUCAAGAUCUGCGACGAACAUCCGGGAUACUGCAACUGGGUCCCGCCGUCCAGCUCGUCCGGCUCUUCUCUCCCGCAGUCGAUUCCGGUAGCCAAACACCAGAUCCCGAUCCCCGCUGCAGAGCGGGUUCGUGACUUCCUGCGUGAUACUAUGCCCCAUCUUGCAGAUCGACCCUUCGUCCAUGCACGGGUCUGCUGGUGCGCGGACACUCCCAACCGCGCCUUUCUCAUAACCCCCCAUCCCUCCUACGAGUCGCUCAUCCUGGCCGCUGGCGAUUCUGGGCACGGAUUCAUGCACGUGCCAUCGAUCGGGGGAUUCAUUGUCGACUGCAUGGAAGGGACUCUGGACAAGAAAUUCAGGCGGUCGUGGAGGUGGCGGCCUGAGACGGCCCAGGGAUUCUGGGGAGACCAGACAUUGGGCCGAUUUGGGGCUGGGAAUCAGAUGCUGGAUUUGAAGGAGACGGAGACCAUUGGGUGGACGAACUUCCCUCCCAGGGAAGAGAAGGCCUGA